GGCUUCCGCGACGCCGGCGGAUGUUGGGGUUUGAAUUGUCUGUCAGUUAGCGGGGGCGGCUCCGGCUCUCGGCGGCGGCGGAGCUGGUGGGUAGGGCCUGUGCAUGGAGCCCCAGCGCCUGCCUUCGCGUAUCCUUUGACUUGCAAAUUUGGGCUCUCGUGUGGGCUUCCCUGAGAGACUGCGAGAAAGCGGGAGGAAUCCGCGGGUGUGAGUAGCGAGUGUUUGUUUGUUUUGCUGGGGCCGGGGGAAGGGAAGCGAGGGGAUGCUUUUCUUGUUUCCAGCCAAACGUGUUUUCUCCUUCUAUGGAGGAGAAAUAUGCUCCUAUGCUCCUCUUUGCAACAUAAUAACGUGAAAAACUGGUUUUGGGUGGCUUUAUGUGGAGUUUAUUUAUUGCACUAGGCUGUGGUAGAUCCAGGAUUGUGAAACUGGCAGUGGCCAUUCCUGGGAAACCCUAAGAGAAAGGCAAAAGUAUAAGCUGUGGGUUUUGUGACCAUCCCGUCCAUCCCCAUCCCCCCAUCCCUAAUCUUUAUUUUUUAUAGUUUAGAAAGGAGGAAGUUUGUUUCUGGGAAAACUGCAACCAUAAUUUCACCUGACUGUUGUGUACGCUGCCACAACCUAGACUGGUUGCAGCUUUGCGUAUUUUCAUUUUAGAUUGCUUUCUGGCAAACGUUUCAUGUCACAGUAUUCCAUUUGCCUGUUACUAAGUACAGUACUAUAGAACAGUUGUUUUACACCCAAGAGUUUCUUCGGCUCCCUUUUCAGCUUUUUCACUCCUUGUUACAACCCUCCUCCUAAAACUCCAACCGAAUGGCUGCAGGACUCUAUUUACAAAUUCUUGCUGCUGCGUGAGGAUUGUUCUUGGAGCUGUGUCUGGCAGUCAUCUAAACUGAACGGUAGAUAGCAAAGCUCCAAUAGCUCAGAGUCUAUCAGACUUCCCCUUUGGAGGUGCGAUUGGCUGCCUCCCAGCGCACUUGGGCAGGUAUUAAGGGAAUUGUUCAUCUACCUGUGAGGUCAAGCAUGGACUUGCAGGCAGUGAUCCCAGGAUGCUUGUCUUCCAGACCUUAUGUAAGGUGUCCUUCAGCUCCUGAGAGGAAGAGGCAAGCCAAAGAUCUACAGGCUGCUAGAAGAACUCAAUAGAAUGAGUGAAAGCAAUUUUGACAUUCAAAGUCCACCCUGUGUUCUCUGUGGAUGGACAGACGACUGCCCUGAAAAGUAUGGAGAAAAAAAGACCUAUGUGGAAUACAAUCUGACUGUUCAUUAUUACUGUUUGUUGAUGUCAAGUGGUAUUUGGCAGAGGGGAGAAGAAGAUGAAGGUGUGGAUGGGUUUUUGAUCACAGAUAUUAGAAAAGAAGUUAGCAGAGCUGCAAAACUGAAAUGUAACAUCUGUAAGAAAAAGGGUGCUUCAAUUGGAUGUGUAGCUCCCAAAUGCAAGCGAAGUUACCAUUUUCCUUGUGGGCUACGAAAAGAAUGUAUUUUCCAGUUCAUGGAAGACUUCAGAUCUUACUGUUGGGAGCAUAAACCAGUUCAAAUCUUUCCGGAUAAAGAAUCUAGAGGGCCUUCACAGUGUACGAUAUGCCUGGAUUUGGUUGAACAUCUUCCACUGUACAGUGUAUUGAAAAGUCCUUGUUGUAAAAAUGCUUGGUUUCAUCGAGAAUGCUUGCAGUAUCAAGCUUUGAGUGCUGGGAUAUUUUUCUUUAGGUGCACAGUAUGUAAUAACAAGGACAAAUUUCAGGAAGAAAUGUUGAGAAUGGGCAUACACAUUCCAGAAAAGGAUGCAUCUUGGGAACUUGAAGAGAAUGCAUAUCAAGACCUGCUGCAAUGUUAUCAACACUGUGACAUUAGAAGAUGUCUCUGCAAAGAAGGAAGAGACUAUAAUGAACCUGACAGUAAGUGGGAAAUAAAGCGUUGUCAAUCUUGUGGUUCCCGUGGAACUCACUUGGCCUGUUCGUCUAUGAAAUCAUGGGAGCAAAACUGGGAGUGCGUGGAAUGCAGAAGUAUCUUUGCAAAAUCAGGGAAAUACAGCAAACAGAAAAAGCGUUCUUUGGCUACCUCUGAAAAGACAGAUGGGACAACUUGUUUGCUGGAAGAGCCAUCUCCAAAGUACCCUCGGCAGUCACCUGGAUCUCAACACAGCUUUCUUCUCCAAUCACCAAAGAUAAUAUGCCAGAACAACUUAUCACCCUGCUCACGCCUAGAACUUCCACCAUCCAACAGAAUGACAAUGUCCUUAUCUCCACUGGUGUCAAACAGGAACCGGUCCCUGAGAAAAAAGCAUUUAGGAACACAAAGAAGGGAAGUUUCCAGUAUACUGAAGGAGUUAAAGCAACAAAUUAAUACAAAAACUACAAGGCUUAACAUCAAUACAGAAAAUAUCUGGAAUACUGCUUUAAAAGGAUUUAGGCAGCGUAACUUCAGACCUACAAACACCAUUGAAGUAAAGUUCACAAACUGUAAAAAUAGAUUAAAGACAGAUACUUCUACUGGAUCAAAACACCUUUUCUUCCAGCUACUAAUGGGACAUCUUCAGAAUUCAUCAUUGUUUGAGGGCUCUUCUGCAAAGAACUUGUCCCUUGAUUCUCAAGCUCUAAAAGAGAAUCUAUAUUUUGAAGCUGGGAAAAUGAUUGCAGUUUCUCUAGUUCACGGUGGUCCAUCUCCUGGUUUCUUUUCCAAAAUAUUGUUCAAUUGUCUUGUCCACGGUCCAGAGAAUGUGAAGCCAAACUUGGAAGAUGUUGCUGAUAUUGAUGUAGCGCAAACAAUAAAAAAGAUAAAAUAUUCAAAUAGUCUGUCUAGCCUACAGUCAACUAUACACGAGUGCUAUGAUUUCCUUGCUGCUGCUGGAUGUUUAAGACCUGUAACAGAUUUGUGUGAUAAGAAUAUGCUGGUGAAUGACUUAUUGACCCAUCAUGUAAUCAAGAGAAUUAUUUCACCCUUAGAAAGUUUUAGGCAAGGUUUGAAAACUCUCGGUGUGCUAGAAAAAAUGGAAAUGCAUCCAGUUGCAUUCUCUAGCAUAUUUUGCCACAAACCUGAAAGACUUUCAGCAGAAACUCUCUGUGAUCUAUUUACAAUCCAUUGCUCAUCGAGUGUAAAGGAAGUUGGAGGUGCUGAUUUUUGGAUAGGUUAUUUGCAAGAUGUGGAAAGUGGUGAGUCUGUAGUGACGUUGGAGGAUAUUCUGUACUUUGUAACAGGUUCUUUUUCUAUACCGCCUAUUGGUUUUGAUCCUGAACCAACUAUUAAAUUUCUGCAUGUAGGUUAUCCCAUUGGAAACAGACUCCUUAAUUGCUUAGAGCUUCCAGUAACAAAGACAUAUGAGAGUUUUAAAAAUAAAAUGGAGUUCACCAUCAGAAACACACUCAGAGUUGAAAGAGAAUGAAUAUUUUUGCUACUAAACUGAUUGUUGGAAACUUCAGUUUUUUCAGGGAGUAUCUGCUGGCAAGGUGCUAUUGGAUUUUUGGAUUGCAUGUUCUCUGCCUUUUCCCACUUGUCCUCCAAAGGCAUGCUAUAAGUAGUAAUCUUCUAAAAUGGAAAACUGUUUUCAAAUUAAAAUCUUUUUUUUCUUAUUGAAUCACUUUCCUGGUUUGAAGUUGGUUUUAUGAGCCAGUAAUCUCUUGCAGAAGUAAUCAAAAUAGUGUUUUGUUUUUUUUCUGUAGACUUAAAUGAAAUGUUACCAAAUUGUAACAUUCUAGCAGUCUCCUAGAAGUAUGUUGAUUGUGUUACAUACUUCAGCAACUUACUUCUCAAAGUCAAAUAACUGCUGUAGAGCUUUGUCUUAAAUCACUGUGAUGCAGUUCUUCAGUUUGACGUUAUUUUCAGUAAUUGUUUUUAUAUUGAUGAUUCAUUUACAUUUUGGUUCUUACGAACCUAUGAAAUUUAGGAAACUUGAAGUCUUUAGGUUAUUGUGUUUAGAGUGUUAAAAUGCAAUUGAAACUUGGAGAAAACCUAGGCAAAAUAAUCAGGUGCAAAGAAAAUCUGGUUCAACUUGAGUUUCUUCUGUUAAAAAAAAAUAUUCUUUGGCAUUUGCACACAUUUCUGCGUUCUACUGUUAUAUAGUAGUUUGUUUUUUUUUUUACUAUUUUGGCUAUACGUAGAAUUAAAAGCGUGACGUAAGUCUUAAAUAUGCAACUAUAAGUGAUCUUUCAAAGUUAAAUGUAAAAGAGUGAGACUUAAUGUUAUUGCAUUUGAAAUUAUAUAGAAAGUUUCAUGCAUAGAAGUCAGUAUUUUCAUAUGAAUAGUCACUAAAACUAUUUGUUAAAUUUCAGUCUACCAUCAAGCCUGUUGUCAGUGUCUGACAGUUGUCUAGAUUUUAUUCUAAACGCUAACUGUUCAAUUUUAGGUGCAUUUUGAGCAACUUCAACUGUGUAAAAUGUUUUAAUUCUGCAGUGUUUGUAUAAAUAACAUUAAGCCAUAAAAGAUCAGUAGUGAAAUUCCUACACGGUAACACAAUAUUACUAGCACUAAAGCUAUGAUAUUGAAAGAAAAUUUAAGUACAACUUUAAUUUUAAUGUAUGCAGGUCUCUUUUCUGAAUUACUUUUUUCCCCUUAAUAUCAGCUUGGUCACCUAUACUGUGUCCCAAACACAGGUUAUUCUGGAUAUGUGUAUAGAUACAUAUAUGUAUAUAUAUAUUUUCUUACAUUUUUCAAAAUACUGAAAAGUAAACAUGCUUUUUAUCAAUAAAGCAUGUUUUUAAUUGAAAAUAUAGGCAGGAUUGCUUUUCUUUUGAAUGUCUUGGCAAGAAAGUACAGUUAGUGUCCUGUAUAAAUGUGGUGGUUUAAAAAUAAAAUGAAUCUAGGUUCUGGUUUAUGGUUCAUCACGUUUUCCUCUCAUUAACAAAUUGUAUUACUAGAUGCUAAUUAUGUAGCAGCAUACUGCAAAUAAAGACCUGUGGAAGUGGCAGUUACUAAAUUUGGGACUGUACUAUAAGAUUAAAGACAAAGAAGCUGAUGUGUAUUUAAGUUACACAGGUCAUUUAACAACAUGUAGGUAUUUUGAAAUCUUCCUUAAAUUGCUACAGUGUCUCUUCAUUUCUUCUUGUUAUACAGAACUAUCUCUGUCAUUGGAUAAUAAAUGUGCACGCCCACUGGUUUUUGCAUUUCAAAGUAUUAAGUUAAUUAUUCAAAAGUUUUGCUCAAUUACAUCUCUUUUUUUAGCUACUUUGAAGUAAUCUCAUCAAAAGUCCUUUCAUUUGAGUUUUAAGAGUAUUUUAAAUUAAGAAAGGAGUAGUGGUGCUUCUCUGAUUUUGAGUUGGAAUCGUGGUAAAGUCCCUUUCAAAAUGAACUUUAAGCUGUUAAUGACCUCUUGCACAAUAUCCUUUCGCUUUUUUAUAUACUGAAUAUUUUCUCAUUCUCCUGUGAUCUUUUUCUCCAAUAGUAUGCCAUGUCUGCUGCCUUUUCAUAGUUUUUGAAUGCCAUAUAGCCAAUAACAUUUUUUAGAUUCUCACUUGCCUUCAGAAUAAUGUUACCCUUACAAAGAAGGCAGUCUGUUGUUAAUUGAUUUGCGUAACAAGGACUCAUAUUGUAUGUUCAUUUUUUAAAAAUACAGUGAAUCUCCUACAGAUAGAAUAUUAUGCUUUGAAAAUGAGUAGUGUACCCUGUGCACUAUUCUUUUUUUUAUCUCUAAUUAGAGAUUACUGUCAUCUGUGAUAAAAUCCAUUUGAAAACUUGAAGCAAUUUCUUUAGCUUUACUGACCAUCAGGUUUUUAAUUGAUGUGGUAGGUCACUGAAGUGGAAUACCAUUGGGUAAUUUCCUUAUUUUAUAUAAAUGAUAACCAGAGGUACACUGGAAAUCAGGCAAGUUGCUUAUUUAAGUACUUCUGCAAUGCAAGAAGAGUAAAUGUGUGUAUGCAUUAGCUGUUGCAUUUUCCUCUAUUUUUAAUGAAGUUUCAUCCUUCAUAAGAUUUGACAAGACCAUAUGAGAACUAUUAUAGUCCUCUUUGUGUUUAACUGGCCAAAGAACUUUCACUCCGUAGUUUCUGCAUCAACUCCCUAAGCUUCCCUCAACAAUUUAUACAUUAAAAUAAGCUAUUUCCUCAGGUGAUCAUUUUCUAGUAAGCAAUACUAGGUUACUAUUAGUGUUCUUGAUAUGGUCUCUAAAUAUAUAUAUUAUAUAAUUUUCAAAAACAUGCUGUAUUUUAGAUAUAUGAAAGCCAAGGGAUGGGAACUUUCUAACUUAAUUUCAUCCAUGCAAAGGAUGCUAACUAGAACCAGCUGUUAGCAUUUUUAAUGAAAUAUACUAUUUUUUUUCCUCAUUAUGAGUAUGUUUGUACUUGAAGUCUAAAGCAUCAUGUGCUGCAGCCCUGACAUUUUUCAUUGACAUGUUCAAUCUUGGAAUUAGAAGACUUCAAAAUUUUUGGAGGUAUAACUGAGCAGAGCGUUAAAGUCAUUAAUUCACAAUCACAUUCUGCAUAUGCAUUUAAAAAUAGUAUUAAAAAGUAAUCCAAGUAGAAGGAAAUGAAACUGGAGGCUACAAAAUAUGCUUUAAAGUUCAUCUUGAUUUGUGGUAAAGCAUUUUAAAGCUCAAACUUUACUGUUUUUUACCUAAGGUACCUGUUAGUUGGAUAAAAGAAAAUUGAGAUGUAAUAACUUCUGGUAUGUCAAAAUCUUUCUGUAUACAGCAAAUUAAUAAUUGUCAAAAUAUUAAUGUUUGUAAAAACAACGCAACCGUCUAAUUUUGUAUUGCAUUAAUGUUUUUAAAUUUAUGGUAAUUCGAGUAUUAUGCAAUGAAGUUUAACUUUGUAAAUACUUUCAGCUCUAACUCAGUCGACUGUACUAUCAGUGCCUGUAAUAUUGCAGCUUCAAGCAAUAUUAUAUGAGAAGUGUAGCAUCAGUGUUGAAAUACUAAAUUGUGGGAGAUAACUGUCAUGUAUAUGUUCAAAGUGCAAUAAGGGGCUAAAUUACUAUUGUGUUAAAUGUGAUGUUCUUUACUGUUUUGCUUUUGUUUAAUGGGUUUUAGCUUUAGAAGUGUUUAUUACUAUUUUCUGUGCUUCUGUUAUACACCUUUGUAUGCAUCUAUUGCAUGUUUACCUCGGUAUCUUUGUCAAAGGUUGAGUGGGGCUGUUCCUACUGCGUUUCCAGCCUGUAUGUAGAUAGUGCGUCCUAUGCCCUGUAAGGCAGAGAUGUGUGUACUUAAAUACUCUACCUUUUUUUUCCUCAAUAAAUUACUAAAAGCUGGUGCCUCU